AUGCAUUCACCCAUAGCAACGGAGCGAUUACACGCUACAACAGACCACUUUCUCAGACCGGAUCAAAAUCUUAAUAAUUCUCAAGAGUCAUGGAUCCAUGCUCAUUUAACGCAGAGCGAAGACCCGAUUAAAGGCCGCCAACUCCGAGUCUCUCAACCCGUCCAAAAAGGCGAACUGCUCCUUGUUGACCGGCCCUAUGCCCUAAUUCCCGUUGUCGAUAGUCCAGACCAAAGCGAAGAUAUUCGAUGUAGCAAUCCCGCUUGUCAUAGACGUGUUGCCCGGACCGUAGAGCGGGUAUCUUGCCCGAACCGAUGCUCGGCCGAUGUGGUCUGGUGUAACUCCUCGUGUCGGGAAGCCGAUAAAGCCCGCCACGAGUUUGAAUGUACCUGGCUAAAGAAAUUCGCUUCCUCAAUACGCUCAAAAUGGGGCGAGUACGAUUAUGGUAUGCUGUGGUUAAUCGUGCGCAUUCUUGCCAGCAGACAUGUGCAAGUUCAACAAAAUACGAUGUCAAAUUGCGAGGACCGCUUGGGCCAAUCAACUUUCAAUCCUUUUAAGUCGGGUUGGAAUGCUAUUUGGUCAUUCUGCGGCUCACAAGAGAGCUGGUCUCAUUCGCAGGUGCGACAUUGGACCUUGUUAGUUAAGAAAUACUUGGGUAAUAGCCCAUCCUUGCCACAUGGGUUGAAGCCGAACGAUGUCCUUGCCUUGAUUUGCCGAGAAGAAGCAAACUCGUUCGGUCUCUACCCUAGGGAAACAGGGGUAUUCCCUUGCCCCGAUCGUUUGGUUGACCGGGGCGAACAGUUCGGGGCAGGAGUGUAUCCGACAGCUGCUAUAGCCAAUCACUCAUGCUGUCCGAAUAUUAUCCAUAAACCAGACGACCAAGGUCGGAUGGUUUUCAUUGCGUCGAAGGACAUAGCGCCUGGUGAGGAGUGUUGUAUAUCAUACUUCGAUCUAACGAGGUUUGUCGACCUCAAAAUUCGACGAGAGCACCUGCAAGCGUCUUUCCGCUUCCUGUGUAAGUGUGAAAGGUGCAUAUCGGAAGAACCUCCUGCAGAGAAGUUGGAAUGGGGCGUGUUUCCUUCGACGGACGACUUUUAG